AUGGAGUACUACACAAUAAGUAAGAUGAAUAAAAGAAAAUUUGAAUUUUAUGAGGAAGUUCAAGGAAGAUUCGUCAACAUACUGGAAGGCUUGGAGUUGUAUACCAGGGUCUUCUCUGAGAGUGAUGAAAGAAGCAUUCUUGAUUGCAUCUUUGAUUUCAGAGAUAGAGCUGCUGUUAUAAUUUUACAAAUGAUAGAUAGGGAAAUCUGUCAGGGAUCCUUAGACAUGACCAGCUGCAUCAUCAACAUAUAUGACGAGGAUUGCAUCCCUCCCCAUAUAGACCACCAUGAUUUAUUGAGACCCUUCUUCACGGUAUCAUUCAAAGGAAAAAGCAAUAUAUUAUUUGGGAAAGAGAUUGAUAUUGUCGGCUCUGUCGAGUUCAGAGGAGUCGUAGAGAUUCCGUUGCUAGUUGGUUCAGUUUUCGUUCUGAAAGGAGUUCUGAAAGGAAAUGAGGCAGAUGUCACCAAGCAUUGCAUUCCAGGAUGCGACACCGCAGGGUGUCUGUAA